AUGAAGAAGACAAUAAACGGUGGGAAUAAGUUAUACAAUGAACAAAAGGAUUUGAGAGAAAGAGUUGAUCAAUAUCUUAAAGAAGCUUUUGAAAAUAGGCUUGCUUCAAUGAUGAAUUUGAGAGUGCAAAUGGAGGAAUUAGCAAGUGCACACAAACAAGAAGAGGAUAAUUAUGUUCAUACUAUUAGGGAAAUUCUUAGAAGAAGUACUUUUGAAAAUGAAAGGAGAAGAGAAGUAGAGUCGAGUUUGAAAGGAAAAUUAAAUGAAGUUGAAGGAAAACUGAAAACAGAGUUUAUUGAAAAACAAAAAACCUAUGAAGAAUUCCAAAAUUUCAAAGAGAAGGGUACUUCAAUUAUUUAUCGAUUAAGAGAUUCUUUGAAAAAGAUUACAGAAAAGUACAAGGAAGAAAAGCAGAAAAACUCAUCAUUGAAAAAACAAUUGAAAGAAUGUGAAGAUGCUUGGGAGGAUGAAGUGAAAAAGAGAGAAAGAUUUGAAUCCAUCAUUAAUGAAAAACAAUCAUCAAAUGAUAUUAUUUGGCAAGAAAAGUUUGCAAGAAUGAAGGAAAAGAAUGUUCAAUUAUUGGAUGAAAUCCAAGAAUUAGAGGAAAAGCUUCAUUUACAACAAGAAAAAGCAAUUUCAGCUUCAAACAAUGGUGAAUCAGAAGAUUGGAAAAAGAAGGAAAAAGUAUUUGAAACUAAAAUCAAAGAAUUCCAAAGACUUUUGGAGGAAGAAGAGUCACUAAUUGAAGACUUGAAACGAAAGCUUUCCAUAAAGCAACAAGAAAAUUCAGAAUUAUCAAAAGAAUUAGAAAGAGUCAAAUUGGAAAGAGGUAUGAGUAAGGAAAUUCUUGAUACAACAUCAGUGGAAAUACCAAAAGAAUAUUUAGAUGUCUAUACUGAAAUUAAGGGGUUGUUGGAUCCAGAAGAUAAUAAGAAUCUUCAAAUGGAUGCUAAUCCUCAAGAUAAGAUUAAGGCUCAAAAUAGAUUCAUCAGAUUAUUGCUUACAAAAUUAAAGUCAGAAGAACAUAAUAGAGUUAAAACACACAAAGAAAAUAUUUCAAUCGUACUAGAACAAGAAAAGACCAUCUCAUUCCUGGAAAAGAAGAUUAGAGAAUUGGAAAAUAUUGUCAUUGAACAAAAAGAACAAGCUCAAAAGGAGAGUUUGAGAAUUUCUAAACUUGUAAAGGGUGAACAAAUUGAUGAGGAAGCAGAUGAUGGUAAACUAAGAGAACUUGAACAGAAAUUAGAUAUUAUCACUCAAGAAAUGAAUAAUUCCAUUAGGUCAAUUCAAGAAGCUAGAGAAGAAAAAAUGAUUUUAGAAGAAGAAAUCGAAGAAGAGGAUGAUGAAGAAUUCACAACACAUAGUUUAAAAGAAGAAGAAACAGAACCACUAGAAACUAAUGAAACAGAGGAAAUAAUUGAAGAGAGAUUGAGUAUCAGUGAUAAUAGUCAAGAUGAAUUAAUUGCUGAUUGUAAAGAAGAUGAUGAAGAUGUUUAA